AUGCUGCUUCAUGCUCGGAAGAAGACGUCCCUCCUCUUCCCUGUGCCCUCUCCGCCCUCUCCAGCGAGCCACCGCGGCAGAGGCGGAAUGGAGCGCCCUCCUGCAGCGCCCAGAGCGGCGGCGGCGACGGUGGACACCGCCGAGGGAUCGAGUGUCGGGCUCAGCCCUGCCCCGCACCCGGGAACCUCCAGGAGCAAGCCGCAGCUUAGGGCACCCAGAGACGUGCGCGGCCCGGACGCCCUGAGAGCCAAGUUUUCUCUCCAACACCUUUGCUCCUCCUCCUCCCUCCUCCGCUCCCCCUCCCCGUCCCCUUCAGGCUCCGCGCCCCACCGUUGCUGUCCCGCUGCGGAGCAGAAGCUAGUGCUUGCAGAGCCCCUAGGUCCUCUCCGGGGAAUUUUUGGACCAGGUGCCUGUGCCCAUUGGGCGAAGGGGAGGAGAGGCGCCCUUAGAGCAGGGGGUGCAGGCCAAUCAGGCGGCGGCGGCCGGGGGUGGAGCCGGGCCGGGGCGGGGCGAAUAUGGGGGGCCAGGCCACCCUGGCAGCUGCGGCGCGCGCUAACCCAACGCGGGGAGGCGCUGGAGGGGCUGCGGGGGCCCGGAGCCGGGAAGUGGGCCCCGGAGGGCCCCCCGCCCCGGGAGAGGCUAGCUAGACUUGAGGUGCGACAGUUCCCUCCCAGAAAAGUGAAGGAUGACGGGGCCGAGACCCUUUCCCGGGUCUUAAAGGAGGCGGGGAGGAUGAGAAUUGGCGAUGGAGAGGGAGCGCAGGACCAGAGCAAGAGUGAGCCCGCGAUGCCCCUCGGAGAUGAAAAGGUGGAACCGGAGUAAGAUGGGUAAUUUGCUGACAAAGAGGAGAGGAAGGUGUUGAGAUUUUCUUAUUGUCACCUUAUUCUUGGACCAAAAACAGGGAUAUGGAGAGAGAGGAGAGCUCUCUUUCUCUCUGCUCUCACCACUGCUGCAACACAGCCCACCAAUCCAAGGAGCAUCAUCUACCAGGCCCCAUUCAUGGUUGUUUCUGAGACAGCCUUGGUCCUUGCCCAAGGGCCCUAUUAAAGUUUACGUCGGGUUAGAUGCGUUCAGUUUGCUCCACUUCUGCAGAUCCAUCCACUACUUCCACUCAUUUAAUGGAAGUCUCAGUCUUCUUUUUUUUUUUCUUAAACUGAGUCUCCCUGUGUUCUUUUCCUCCAAGACCGGGUCGAUUUGUACACAGGCUUUGGAAACAUAAAACUAAUUAUGUUGUCAUUCACCUGACAAUGGUUUUAUAAAGCACAUAGACCUGAACAUUUUUUGCUUGUUUUGUGGGGUUUUGUUUGUUUGUUUGGGGGGGAUCUAUUUUUGUUUGUUGUUUUGCUUUGGCUGAGCCUGAACCUUGUGGAAAUUCCCCGGGGGCUGGAAUCAAACCCGAGCCACAGCAGGGCUCCAAACCACUGCAGUGACAAUACUGGAUCCUUAAU